AUGAAAACCCCGAGAAGUGGAAGGGGCGGAGAAAGAAAAGGGGAAAAAGAAGGAAAAAAAGGCCUUUCCUCCCUUGCCCAUGUUGGGCAUCAUCUGGGAAGAAAGGAGACGACAAAUUUCUUAGCCCUGUGGCCCGCUCCCUGCUUCCCAACAAGCGGGCCGCGCGGGAUACAUAGAAUGGCAGAUGGAAUGAGUAUCCUUUCACACAUGAGGUGUCUUUGUGAAAUGGAAAGGAAAAGAGGGGGGGGAAGCAAGGAAGAGGGCCACGGUUCCACCCCAGCAUCGAACAAUCGUCGGGCCAGUGAAUCCUGA